UUAAAUUCUCUUUGAUUACAAUUUAUUUUAAAUUCUCUUUGGCUCUAUGGGUUUGUCACUUAUUGUAAAGCGCCGCUUUCUCAUUUUUUUACUGUAAAAUUUGCAAUAGUUUUUUCAUACUUCAGUAUUCUUGAAGAGUGAUAUUGUUUUUAGGAAAUCAUGUCGGGGAUAGCAAGUGCUCGUCUUGCGGAAGAGCGGAAAGCUUGGCGCAAGGACCAUCCCUUUGGUUUUGUUGCUAGACCAAUGAAGAAUCCUGAUGGUUCUCUAAAUUUAAUGACUUGGGAAUGUGCGAUUCCUGGUAAAAAAGGGACUCCAUGGGAAGGUGGUUUGUACAAAUUGAGAAUGAUCUUUAAAGAUGACUAUCCAACAAGUCCACCAAAGUGUAAAUUUGAGCCUCCUCUAUUUCACCCAAAUGUAUAUCCUUCAGGAACAGUAUGUCUCUCACUGCUUGAUGAAGAAAAGGACUGGCGUCCUGCUAUAACAAUUAAGCAAAUUCUGCUUGGUAUUCAAGAUCUGCUCAAUGAACCAAAUGUUAAAGAUCCGGCUCAGGCAGAGGCAUAUACAAUUUAUUGCCAAAACCGUUUAGAAUACGACAAGAGAGUGAGAGCACAGGCCCGUGCUAUGGCGGCCACUGAAUAAAUCAAUUUCAUCCAACUCAGGGAUCAUGAAAUUACUUUGUAGCUAAAAAUGAACCAUUAACAUCGUAUUAAUAGUGAUGAGUUAUUUGUUUUGACUACACUUUCAAAUUUGCUACAAAGCAUGGUACAACAAUAAGUAACUAUAUAUAGAUCCAAACAAUUUUAAUUUGUAUGUUUACUAGAAUCAUCAUCCACAUCAUGACACAUUAAAGGUUUUAUGUUAAAAAAAAAAACAAAGGAAACAGAUAUUAAAGUUGUGAUUUCCAAAAUUUUAGGGAUAAAAGAAUAAAGAAAUAAAUUUCAAA